CGGAAGAAGACUUAGAUGACAGCUGGAUCGAAGCUAUCACAAGACCACCUGGAUGGUGUGUGUGUUCUCCCCGUGAGAAGGUCAGACCAGCUGCCGCGCACCUCCGCCCACCUGCCACCGCGCUGGGGGCGGAGCCACGCCGCGCCGGACCAUAAAUACCCGUGCGGAGCACACUCUUCCACAUUCGCUCUCGGCAGCUCAUCCGAGUUGAAACCCUCUCAGUCUCGUAGUGAAAGUAUGAAGGCUCAGCGUUGUGUGUCUCCCGUUCAGGCAGUUAUGGGUGUUAUGGAAGGAAAGGUUGGCAAGUUGUCAGCGAAGGCUGAGGCCACGCAGGUCCUCAUGUACAUGGACCGUCUGCAGCAGCUUGUGCCCCAGUGCCCGAAGGACCGACCUGUGUCUCGUCUGGAACUGAUUCAGUCCGUCAUCGAUUACAUCUACGACCUGGAGGAGGAACUCGCCCAUUCGUCAGAGUCGCAGGACCAGGAAAAGGACGACAACGUGUUCGAGGACGAGCCCAGCAGGACCUGAACCCACUCUCUUCCCCACAACUUUUCGAGAUGCAAGAUCCUCGGGCCCGCUGCAGAAGGUCACCAGCGCCGCGUGACCCUGCAGAGUAGUGAAUCAAGAUAGCCCUGUGGUUCCUCUGACGUUAUGUUCGUAGUGUGACGGUGUAGUGACUACUGGAUCUCGCAAAGUGUCAUCAUGAGAUAGUCUUCCUCCCUCGGCUUCCGACACCUCCAGGAUGCACGGAGUCUCUUGUUAUAAUGAUGGUGGAUGUAUGAAGCACCGCCUCAUUUUCGACCCGUGAAGCCUUCCCGCGGAGAGUAACUCCUGCUCGUCCUUGGAGGCCAGCCUAGUGUGUGUCCUGCGGAGCCGCCUCGUGCGAAAACUAUCCCGCAAGUUUUAUCUCGUUGAAAGUGUUUCCCUCCGCAAAGUGCGUAGCGUGCAGGGCCACCGCAGAAACCCGUCUGUCUGGACCGAUUUCGCCAUCCCCUGCGCCAGUCUGCUGCCUGCGAGAAACCAGAUGCCUUUGCGUGAGGUCAUCUCAGUGGCGAUCCUAAAAUGAGUGGAGGGACCACCCGCUGCGCCCGGGCUCCUCGAGAAAGUGACGACCUCCGUGCACGAAUGGGCCCCGCCGGCGGAGCCCAACCUCGGCGGUCGCUCGUUGUGGCGAUGGCGCAGGUGUCGUUAGGCCCGGCCCAGGAGCAUGUGGUGAGCGGCCGAUCGUCAGCAGAACACUCCCUUGCCUCUCGAACAACCAUUUGUGAUGUUCUACAGGACGAAAGGGAAAAUACGUUCUUCAAGGGGUUAUAACAUGAAGCGAGAACACGUAGUGAAUACCAUACCUGUUUUUUCUUCUUUUUUUUUUGUCUUUUUGCCAUGCUGUGAUGUGAAAUAAUGUUUUAAAACCACGGUAUCCCUGUAUUUCAUAUUGUUCUAUUGUAAUAGAUAUUCAGUCUUUAUUCAGAACGUCUUCUUGUCAGCAAAGAUAUUUUUCUAAAUAAAUGUAACAAAAAUGUCA